ACUUACACCGGCAUCCCCAGGCUUUGCUUUAUGACAUUGCGCGCCGCCAAAAUCCCCCCACCGCAGUCUUAACGUCUGCAUUGCUAACAAAGACGCCUUUUCAAAAGACAAACUAGUCCCUCUAACCAGUCUAUGAUUUGUUUUAGAUAGGCCCAACAUUUACGAUUUUCUUUUAUUUUCCCUGAAAUAAUAAUGAUGAGAAAAGAGCGUGACCGCGACAGAGACCGCGAUGACCGGUCGAAGGACAGGGAACGCGACCGAGACCGGGACAGAGACAGAGACAAGGACGCCAAGGUGCCCGGUAUUUCCCUCAACCCCGCGAUGGCGGGCACCGGCAUGCUCCCUCUUAAGCAGAUGGCCCUCCACCAGCAGGUGAACCCCUUCACCAACCUUCCGCACACGCCCCGCUACUACGAGAUCCUGAAGAAGAGGCUGCAGCUGCCCGUGUGGGAGUACAAGGAGCGCUUCAGCGACAUCCUCACACGCCACCAGAGCUUCGUGCUCGUCGGAGAGACGGGCUCUGGGAAGACCACGCAGAUCCCCCAGUGGUGUGUCGACAUGGUGCGGGCGUUGCCGGGUCCCAAGAGGGGUGUGGCCUGCACUCAGCCUAGGAGGGUGGCUGCCAUGAGCGUGGCCCAGAGGGUGGCGGAUGAGAUGGACGUCAUGCUGGGGCAGGAAGUGGGCUACUCCAUCCGAUUCGAAGACUGCAGCAGCGCCAAGACCAUACUGAAAUACAUGACUGAUGGUAUGUUGCUUCGGGAAGCCAUGAACGACCCCCUCCUAGAGCGCUAUGGGGUGAUCAUUCUAGACGAAGCCCAUGAACGCACGCUGGCCACAGACAUCCUGAUGGGCGUCCUAAAAGAAGUCGUCCGACAGAGAACGGACCUGAAGGUCAUUGUAAUGAGUGCGACUCUAGACGCCGGGAAGUUCCAGGUUUACUUCGACAGCUGCCCCCUGCUGACCAUCCCCGGGCGCACGCACCCCGUGGAGAUCUUCUACACGCCGGAGCCCGAGAGGGACUACCUGGAGGCGGCCAUCCGCACCGUCAUCCAGAUUCACAUGUGCGAGGAAGAGGAGGGGGACGUCCUGCUGUUCCUCACAGGCCAGGAGGAAAUUGAUGAAGCCUGCAAGCGGAUAAAACGCGAAAUUGACGACCUGGGGCCCGAAGUGGGGGACAUUAAGAUCAUUCCGCUGUAUUCCACACUGCCCCCCCAGCAGCAGCAGAGGAUCUUCGAGCCGCCCCCGCCCAGAAAGCCGAACGGCGCAAUAGGAAGGAAGGUUGUGGUGUCGACAAACAUUGCCGAGACGUCCCUGACAAUCGACGGCGUGGUGUUUGUAAUUGAUCCCGGAUUUGCCAAGCAGAAGGUGUACAACCCACGCAUCAGGGUGGAGUCGCUGCUGGUGACGGCCAUCAGCAAAGCCUCGGCACAGCAACGGGCGGGGCGAGCUGGCAGGACACGCCCAGGGAAGUGUUUCCGCCUGUACACGGAGAAGGCCUACAAGACCGAGAUGCAGGACAACACGUAUCCUGAGAUCCUGAGGUCUAACUUGGGCUCGGUCGUAUUGCAGCUCAAGAAACUCGGGAUCGACGACCUAGUGCACUUUGACUUCAUGGACCCACCAGCUCCGGAGACGCUGAUGCGGGCCCUGGAGCUGCUGAACUACCUGGCGGCCCUGAACGACGACGGCGACCUGACGGAGCUGGGCUCCAUGAUGGCCGAGUUCCCCCUGGACCCACAGCUGGCCAAGAUGGUGAUCGCCAGCUGCGAGUACAACUGCUCCAACGAGAUCCUGUCCAUCACCGCCAUGCUGUCAGUCCCGCAGUGUUUUGUUCGUCCAACGGAGGCCAAGAAGGCAGCCGAUGAGUCCAAGAUGAGGUUCGCUCACAUAGACGGAGAUCAUUUGACUCUGCUCAACGUCUACCAUGCGUUCAAACAGAACCACGAGUCAGUUCAAUGGUGCUAUGACAAUUUCGUGAACUACCGAUCGCUGAUGUCAGCCGACAAUGUGCGACAGCAGCUGUCCAGGAUCAUGGACCGAUUCAAUCUACCACGAAGAAGCACAGAGUUCACCAGUAGAGAUUACUACAUCAACAUCCGCCGGGCCCUGGUCACAGGAUUCUUCAUGCAGGUGGCCCACCUGGAGCGUACGGGACAUUACCUGACCGUGAAGGACAACCAGGUGGUCCAGCUUCACCCCUCCACCGUCCUGGACCACAAGCCGGAAUGGGUUCUUUACAACGAGUUUGUCCUCACCACCAAGAACUACAUCCGCACGUGCACGGACAUCAAACCAGAGUGGCUGGUCAAAAUAGCUCCCCAGUACUAUGAGAUGAGCAACUUCCCCCAGUGUGAAGCUAAGAGACAGCUGGAGCGCAUCCUCGCCAAACUCCAAACCAAGGAAUACUCCCAGUACUAAAGAACAGCUUUGGCAAGAGGACAAACAUCAGCUUCAGUGCUCAUUGCUCAGUGAAUCAGAACUUUUUAAAGCUGUACACCACACAUCUAACAUCCAUCGUUUGGAAGGCUUUACUGUUUUUCUUUACUGUUUU